UAAACCCGACUCUCGAUCGCUCGUUUCAAGGCACUCACUCCCCUUGUCCCACGGCCGCCGAUUCCUUCUUGUGUUUUCAUUCUUUGCCACACAGUCGCGGCCCAAUACCAUCUCGAGACAUCGCCAUCUGCGCAAUUCACCAUGGCUACACGUGCGGCACACAAGCGCUUGACGCGCGAAUACAAAUCCAUCACCGAGAACCCCCCGCCGUACAUCACUGCCCACCCCUCCGAGUCCAACAUCCUGGAAUGGCAUUACAUCAUCACAGGACCCGAGAACACUCCUUACCACGGCGGUCAAUACUGGGGCACGCUCAUCUUCCCGCCCAACUACCCCUUCGCUCCUCCUGCGAUCCGUAUGCACACUCCUUCCGGCCGCUUCACACCCUCGAGCCGACUAUGUCUCUCCAUCUCGGAUUUCCACCCCAAAUCCUUCAACCCGGCCUGGGAAGUCUCGACGAUCCUCAUCGGCCUACUAUCAUUCAUGACCUCCGAAGAGAUGACAACGGGCUCCGUCUCGGCCACCGAAACGGAACGCAAGUUUCACGCCGCGCGCUCACGGUGGUGGAACUCGACGGGUGGCGGCUCCCAUCUCCGACCGAACGGCGCAGCGGGAAAAGGCAACGUGAAGGCUGGCGAUGGGGGCGCCAAGUUCAGGUCGGAGUGGCCCGAGGUGGACGCUGAGAACUGGAGGUGGAUCAAGGAAAACAACAUUGACCCAGCGACGGGGAACAGGCCGGAGCCGGCGAACGCGUCGUCAUGCGGGCCUCAGCUAGGUAUCGCUGGCAGCAGCGGUGGUCAGGCUCACGCUGUCGUGGACGUGGUUAUGCAGCAAAGAGAUGCGGGUCAGGGGUGGAUGUCGAGGCAUAAGUGGCUGCUGGCGGGAUCCUUUUUCUUCUUUUACGUAUUGAUGGUGAGGAUCUUUGGCGAGGCUUGAGGGAUGAGAAAUCCCGGGAGGAAGGACCAGCAAGCAGGAGGAACGAUCACUAUCAGCGAAGGAUACCCUGCA